AUUCAAACAUGAUUAAAUUUUUAUAUCCAAGAUUCUAACACUCCUAAUAUAAAUCAACUAAUUAUAUUCCAUGACUACUCUAUACUUAUAUUAAUCCUUAUUACAAGAUUAAUUACAUAUAUAUUUAUUUUCCUUAUUACUAAUAAAAUUACCAAUCGAUUUAUAACUAAUGAACAUUUUAUUGAAACAAUCUGAACUAUUACACCUAUAUUAACUCUACUGCUUAUUGCUAUUCCAUCAUUAAAAAUCUUAUACAUAACAGAAGAAUUUUUCUCCCCAGCAAUUACAGUUAAAGCUAUUGGUCAUCAAUGAUACUGAAGAUAUGAACUAUCAGAUUAUAAAAAUAUCAGAUUUGACUCUUAUAUAAUCCCUUAUAAAAAAAUAAAUCAAUCCCAAUUUCGACUCCUAGAUGUAGAUAAUCGAUUAAUUCUUCCAUUUGAUAUCCCUAUUCGAGUAUUAACUACAUCCACAGAUGUAAUUCAUUCAUGAGCUGUCCCUGCUUUAGGAAUUAAAAUUGAUGCUACUCCAGGACGAAUAAAUCAAACAUUUAUUCAAAUAAUUCGUCCUGGUAUUUUUUUUGGCCAAUGUUCAGAAAUUUGUGGUAUAAAUCAUAGAUUUAUACCAAUUAUAAUUGAAUCUACAUCCUUAAAUUUAUUUAUCAAAUGAAUUAAUUCUAUAUAA